AUGCUGCUGGAUGGAGAAGACAUGCUGGGUUGUUGUUGUGCCAAUGAGAUCAUGCAGCUGGAUAUGAAUCCUCCCCACGCGGCCGACAUCAAGGCUGAUCUCAGAAAGCAGUUUGCCUUCCUUUCAGGUGGUAGAGGAGAUAAUGGCAGUCCAAUUAUUGUAUUCCCAGAAUUCCCUGCAUUUGGUGAAAUCACAGACAGAGAGUUUAACAAUGUCCUGACCUACCUGACCAGUGUGCCCAGCUUGUCAUCUACAGACUUGGGUUUCAUCUUGGUCAUCGAUCGCAGGCAAGACCGAUGGGCGGCUGUCAAGGGGACACUACUUCGCAUUGCAGGCUCCUUCCCCGGGAACCUGCAGCUAGUUCUGGUUCUGAGGCCCACCACCCUCCUGCAGCGCACAAUCUCAGACAUCCUUUUCAAGUUCAACAAGGAUGAGUUCAAGAUGAAGGUGCCGGUGAUAAUGCUGAGCUCCAUAUCUGAGCUGCACUCAUAUGUCGACCGAACACAGCUGACUCGGGAACUCGGGGGAACGCAGCGGUACUGUCAUGAGAAGUGGAUCUCACACCGCACUGCUAUUGAAGGCUUUGCACUGAUGGUGAAGAAAACAGCACAGACCUUGCAGUCAUUUGGGACUGAACUGGCAGAAACUGAACUCCCAAAAGAAAUCCAGACCAUCACUGUCCUGAGGAGCACACACACCAGCAAGAGAGACAAGAUGAAGGAGGACAUACUGGUGGCUUUGGGUCAAGGCAGCCGAUUGCUGGAGAGCAUCAAUGAACCCAUAAUGAGAGACCCCGACCACAACAUGAACCAGGACGAACUGGAGAACUUAGCCACAGUUCAAAGGCUGUUGUCUCAGCUGGACGAAACAGAACGAGCUUUUGAUGAGUUCUGGGUGAGACAUCAGACCAAACUGCAGCAGUGUCUCCAGCUGCGACACUUUGAGCUUAACCACAGAGAGGUGAGAGCUCUGCUGGAUCAGGUGUCUGAGAAACUUGGACUCUUCUCUGAGGUUGGGAUUAGCCCUGCUCAUGCAGAUCACAUCUUCUGUGAACUCACCGCCUUUGAAGAGCGAGUCUGUGAGGCUUUGGACAGAGCUUCUACAUUGUGUCAUGAAGGCCAAGAGCUGAUCCAAAGCUCGCACUAUGCUGAGGACUCCAUUCAGCCCAAAUGCAGUGAGCUCAGAGAAAUCAGUGAGAACGUGAGCAGCAGUCUGAAGACCAAGAAGGAGUACCUGCUCAAAGCCAUGGAGCUGCACCACCGACUGGAAAAGGCAUCCAAAUGGGUUGAUGAUGGUAUUUAUCUGUUAGCAUCUCAGCCAGUGGAUAAAUGUCAGUCUCAUGAGGGGGCGGAGCUGGCUUUGCAGGAGCUGGAGCAUUACCUGGACAGUGCCGGCCAGAAUCAGCUGACCGACCUGUGUGCCAUCUGGGCAGAUUAUGAAGUGGUGCUGAACCAGCAGUUCAGGGACCAAGUGGAGAAGGUUUACCAGAAGCAGGCGUCCAUGCAGGGGAUGUUUGACAAGAGGAUGGUCAGUCUCAAGAAGCUGGCGGCCAAACAGACGAGGCCGGUGCAGCCGGUCGCUCCGAGACCCGAAGCUUUUAUCAAGUCGCCACUAAACUCACCCGCGCGCAAAGCUCAGCAGGAGAAGUACGGCUUCUGCGACAGCUGUGACAAAAAUGAAGACGGUAACAGCAGACAUGCGUCUCUGUCAGAGGAGGAGGAGAACCUGGCUGUGCUCAGGCGCCACGUCAUGAAUGAGCUGCUGGAAACUGAGAGAGCCUACGUGGAGGAGCUUCUCUGCGUACUACAGGGAUACGCUUCCGAGAUGGAUAACCCUGCAAUGUCUCACCUUAUUCCUGCAAAUUUGCAAAACAAAAAGGAGGUUCUGUUCGGCAACAUGACAGAAAUUUACCACUUUCAUAAAAGAACUUUUCUGAGGGAGUUGGAGCAGUACACAGACUGUCCAGAGUUAGUCGGACGGUGCUUUCUGGAGAGGAUGACGGACCUGCAGAUCUACGAGAAGUACUGUCACAACAAGCCUCGCUCUGAGAGCCUUUGGAGGCAGUGCUCAGACUGUGCCUUCUUCCAGGAGUGUCAGAAAAAGCUGGAACAUAAGCUGGGUUUAGAUUCAUAUCUGCUGAAGCCGGUUCAGAGGAUUACCAAAUAUCAGCUGCUGCUAAAGGAAAUGCUGAAGUACAGUAAGGGCUGCGACGGGACUGGCGACCUGCAAGAGGCAUUGGCGUCUAUCUUGGGAAUCCUCAAGGCUGUCAACGACUCCAUGCACCUCAUCGCUAUCACAGGAUAUGAGGCACCAACAGCUGAUGUAAAAUCCACCUGGGUAAAUGAGAUCAGGAAGGUUCUGACAACCCAGCUGGAGGCAUGCAGAGAAGCCAGCCAGCAGAGGGCACCAGACCAAGUGUUUCAGUACCCCCCUGUACCCAGUGGAACUGUAAGUCUCAGUCCAUUCAAGACGAGUCAGAAGAGCUUUAAAAAAGGAGAGGAGAAGAAAGUUGAACCUCUUAGCUCUGAUGUCAUUUCCUCAUCUUCACCAAAGCUCCCAGAAAAAGGAUCAUCUCCCACCAGCCCAGAUCACAAGUCGAAACGUCAGAGUGAUCCUACACCAUUUGGCUUCAAAGGAUGGAAUAAGACUUCUGUGUCUCUGGAUGCCUCGGAGGAGCAUGAGGGCUACUCCAGCGCUGAGGAUCCUCUUAACUCUGACCCAGAAGACGAAAACAUCAAGAAGCUGCGUACCGGUAAAUACACUGUGACGGCUGACCACGAGAUGGGAGGUGAUCAAGAGCUCUCAGUGAAGAGCGGAGACACGGUGCAGCUGCUUAAGGAGGGAGAAGACGGACAGUGGUUUGUUCGUAACCUGAACACAUCACAUGAAGGCUGGAUACCUGCUGCUAAUCUCAUCACCCUCAUUGGAAAAUCCAAGUCUUGUCAGUCUCUCACCAGCUCAGAAGGCAGCGGCUCCGGGAACCUCAGCACAUCGUCCAGCUGCAGCGAGACCUACACGAACUUCUCGGACGUCAAACCUUGAACUCGUCGGCACCUCUCCUCCUGAAUCACGCAUCACACGGCUGUGUCUGUGUCGUACCGCCAAUAUCAGUACUCAUAGAAGUUUUGCACAAAAAGCUGUAUUUUUUCAUUGUUUUUAUCAUGAACAUCCACACUAUAUUCGAAAAAUGUCUUUGAGUUGAUUGUUGUGUCAUUGUGCAACAAUGGUAUACGGCAGAUGUACACAUUAAAUAACAAUACUCACAGUAAAGAGAUUUUCUAGUAAAAGUCUUCUCUGGAUAUUAUUAUGAUCAAAUAACAGAUGUGUGGAUGGACCAGCAGGACUGAUCUCAGUUAAUACAUCUAUCACAUUACAAACAACAAAGUUUUAAUUAAGAGAACCGUCUUUACAUUCACCUACGUUCAUUUACCAUUUUUUUAAAUUUUAACUGUUACUAUGUUUAUAAGAAAAGAGGAAAAAAUAAACAUGUGGAGCUUGUUUAGCUU